AUGAUGCAGUCUGAGGUUCUCGUUCAAACUACUUGGCCAUUUCAUUCUUGUUUUGAUACAGAUCUUGAUCAUUAUGAGAGUGAUCACCAUGAAUCUCUUUCUUCAAUCAGCAACUCACCUGAAAGCUCAUUGAUUACAUCUGAGUCAUAUGGAAAUGUAGAAUAUCCAGUUUUGGGUUAUGAUCAAAUGCAACACCUCUCACCGGCUGACAAUGAUUCGCAGAACAUAAUGGAUCUUGAUGAUGUGUGCCGAUGGUUGUGUGAAGAAGACCAAGAUAAGGAAGAAAUUCAAUCAAAUGACGUUUCUGAUUGUGUACUACCUGAAGAACAGUCACCCAUGGAAGAACCAUAUGAUGUCAUGGAACCCGAAAUGGGCCUCCAAAAUCUACUAAAGGCUUAUGCAGAAGCCAUGGCAGUGGGACAGACAGAACUAGCACAAGUGAUCAUCAGAUGCACAAGUGAAAGAAUAAACCCCAUUGGCUCAGCUUUCGAACGCAUAGCCUUUAAUAUGUUCCAGUGUGCUGAAAAUCAAGAAGAGUACUUACAACAAGAAUCUACAAGAAACUUCAAGUCAGCGUUCAGAGCAUUCUAUGAGAUCUUUCCUUAUGGUCGGUUUGCUCAUUUCACAGCAAAUUCAGCCAUCCUUGAGGCGAUUCCAACCCAUGUGGAGUCGAUUCACAUAGUUGACUUUGACUUAGGCAAAGGGAGUCAAUGGCCAACAUUCAUAGAAGCCGUAGCACGAAUGAAAAAAUCAUUGAUCAUCACAAAUAUCAAACUUGAUCAAGAUAAAAGCUCGCAAUUUGAACAAACAAAGAGGCUACUUGGUAGCUUUGCAAGAAAUUGUGGUCUAAAUUUGGAAGUUCAAGAGAUGGAAUUCGCACAAAUUGAAAGCGAAAUGAAGGGAAGAGAAUUUGUGGCCUUUAAUUGUAUUGUUGACCUUCCACAUAUGGGAAAAACAAGCAAAAGAAGUCAAGUUAUGGACUUCCUAAAAGUAGCAAAAGGGUUGCUAGUGAAAAAUAAAGGGAUUGUAACAUUUGCAGAUGGAGACGAAUGUGGAAGAGUUAUAAAUUCUUCAGAUUUUUCAUCAUAUUUCAACAAGAACUUAAUACACUACAAAGCUUUAUACGAAUCAAUGGAAUGGGGUUUUCCAAGCAACCUCACUGAAGCAAUGAUGACUUUGGAGACCCUUUUUGUUGCGCCGUUUAUAUCAUCCAAAUCUUGGUUACAACAGUGGGACAAAGAAAGACAAAAUAUGGUUUUCCAUAUGGGUCUCGGUCUAAAAGGACGACCAAUGAGCAGAGAAAGCUUCAACGAAGCUAGGCAACUGGUGAAGGAUGCAGAAAGCCCAUACGGGAUCAAAAUUGAAGGAGACAACGGGAAUGAAAUGGUGCUGUCGUGGAAUGGAACUUCUCUUGUCAGAGUUUGUUCUUGGAUGUAG